AUGGCGGCCACCGCGGCGGGGAGUGUGGCGGACGUCCAGGCUCGGUUUGGCCACUCAGUGAAGGGGCUGCUGACCGAGAAGGUGACCAGCUGCGGGACGGAUGUCAUCGCCCUCACCAAGCAAGUGCUGAAGGGUUCCCGCAGUGCCGAGUUCUUAGGACAAGCUGCAAGAAAUAUGGUGAUGCAAGAGGAUGCUAUCCUGCACUCAGAAGAUAGUUUAAGAAAAAUGGCGAUCAUAACAACUCAUCUACAAUAUCAGCAAGAAGCUAUUCAGAAAAAUGUUGAACAAUCUUCAAAUCUGCGUGAUCAACUGAGCCACCUUCUGAAGUGAAGGGAAAAUGUUGCAUAGUAUUUAAGAUCAGCUAGAAACAAAACACAUCUUGUGGAGCAAAGUCCCCAUUCCUUCGCCAGCUUCAGUAGCCACAUUUUUUUAUAACUGAACCAAUCCAAGCUGAGAAAAUGGAAAAACCAACAUUGUUCUGUGCACGACUCGGGCAUGGAGUGGCAAUUACUUUUUUAACAACAGGUGUAUUCUUUGUAAAUGUAUAGGUAUUUUGUUAUGUUAAUUAUAGACUUUAAUUCUCUGUCUAUGUUAUUUUCUCUUGAGAAAAUUAAGACAUAGGAUUAAUUUCCAUGGGAGGUUUUUACUUCUGCAGUUCAAAAAUUAUGUGUCUUGUUUUUAUUUUAGUGCUUUAAAUGGUUAAAGUUUCCACCUUCUGGAUGAUACAAAACCCCAAAGGAAUCUGUAUGUAAAGCUCUUCCUUUACCUAGGAGAGCACUAGAAAUCUCUUGAAAUGGCUGCAUGCUCCAAGGACUGGCACCAUGUUGUGUCCAUUGACCACAAUUGUUUCUUUAAAUCCUGGAAACCUAUCUCAAACUGGCACCAAAUAGCUUGUGGAUCAGUACUGUGCUGUGAACCACUAUUUUGUGAGGUAUAGGUUUAACCUUGGGAUAUGUCAUCUUUACCUAUAAAAUGGUUUACAGAAGGCAGAAGUGUGAGUGUACAAGACUUCCAAUAGAACAUAUGCUUUUGUGUAGGUUGUAUAUCUAUCUUUUCCUGGUUAUUAAGAGUAGAGAUUGCUGAGUGGAAAUCAAGGAACUUUCUAGAUUUACUUUCAGUGCCUAACUUCAAACUGUUUACCAAAAUUAUGCCUACUUCAUUACAAGUAGUGCUUUUGGUUUCCUAUUCUUUGGGAAAUUUUCCCAAACACUAUGAAUACUCACUGUUAUGUACAUCUCAUUAAAUAUAAUAUUUUUUUAAAAAUAAACAUGCAUAGGAAGAGGCUGCUCUUUUGUCGCUAUCCCUAAUAUACAGUAUAUGCUGUGUGAGUGUUAGCAGUGUUGGAACAGAUCCAGUGUGUGUGUACAGUCAUUUUGGCAGAAAAAAGGUUUAAAAUAUACUCCCUUAAAGACUGUGCGUCUGUUGUCAGUUUUGUCCUUGGAUUACUUUCUUACACAUUCAUCACUGUCCUGGUUCUUGAUUAAGCAGCCUUGGCUUCAUUAUGUAAUUCUUCAGAUCCAGGAAUCUGUAGAUAUACUGUUGGAGAAGUUUUGAAGAUACCGUAUCUCAUUUCUGCAAGCUGUUCUGAGCCAAUUCAAAUCAGAAUUAUUUCUACUAACUGCAUUUAAUAUAUAUCUGCGUUUUUUGGAAAUGUCAUUUUCACUUUGUUCACAUAAGAGUUAUGCAAGAAGUUGAGGGGAGGUGUAUUUGCUGGAAAAUAAUAAAGUUUAAUGUUUUCCAUAAUAAAAAUUAUUUCUGGUUUUUCCAUGGGAUCCAUUGCUUAUGUAAACUAUAGCACUGAGAUCCUGUAGUUAGCAGUGGUUGGACCUGAUAUACCACAAGGCCAUUUCCAGCUCAAUUAUUCCUUGUCUUGCAAAACAUAUAAAAAUAGUGGGUUGCUGUGAGUUUUCCGGGCUGUGAGUCUCUGAGUUUUCCAUGUUCCAGAAGCAUUAUCUCCUGAUGUUUUGCCCACAUCUAUGGCAGGCAUCCUUAGAGGUUAUGAGAUCUGUUAGAAACCAGGCAAGUGGGGUUUAUAUAUCUGUGGUAUGUCCAGGGUGGGAGAAAGAACUCUCGUCUGUUAAAGAAAUAGUUAUGAGGAAAAACUAGCAGGGGACUGUGGCAUGCUUACCGUCUUAUUUCUUUUGCAGAGGUGACAACACAGGCUUCUAUUUCUAUUCCAUACUAGAAAUGUUUUUGAAGAAUUCCAUCCUAUUGUUCCACAGUAUUGUUAUUUGGCUCAGAUUUCAAGAAAAGUCUCCAUUCUUCUCUCUAGCUCAAGAAAUGCAAUGGACUGUUGAGAUGGGCAUUAAACACAUUGCAACAUUUUGUUGUGUGUCCAUUAUUAUUUGUUUUAAUUUUCAUCAUUUUGUUCUUACACAAAAAUGAAAACAAAGUUUUAAAAAUAUAUUGUUUUGGAAUUAUAAUUUUCUCAGUUCUGAAUUAUUUAUUAUGUCAUGAUGCAUAGAGGUUUGUGGAUAUGUGCGUAGAACUGUGCGUAUAUUGUGUUUUUUUAUACCGUGGUAUUUUAUUGUAUGUUGAUGGGCCUAGUCCCCAUGUGAGCUGCCCCGGGUCCCUGGGAAACAAAAAUAAAGUUAUUAUUAUUAUAUUA